CCCUCCCGCGUUUAGCCCGUCCCUGAAUAAGCUGCUGCAUUUCUCCCUCCCAGAUCUCAUCAUCGCUUCCAGUGGAUCUCUUGGGCCCUGGCAUUUCUUUUCGAAUCAUCCCAAUAUUCUCCGCUUCCCGAUCACCUUCUCCCUCCUCAGCCGUCUCCCCUCUCUUCUUCCUUCUAGGAAACCAUACCCCAAGUAUGCCAGGGCCCAGGCGGUUGGUUUUGUUGCGACAAACUAAGGCGGCUACUCCUCUGCGGUCGGCCUCCUAGCCCGAUCCCUCCCUUCUUUUGCCCCCGGCUAGAUUCUCUGCACUCCCGUUCUCCUCACCCCGCCCUUUUCUCCUCUCCCUGGGCCUUGCUUCUCCCUCCCACUGCCCUAGUGAGAAGGGGCGGAUCAACUUUUGCUCCCCUCCUCUGAUGAAUAAGAAAGCGACUCUUUAAAGAAGGGCGGCUCUGGCGGCCCGCCUCUACUUGCCUGCUUGAUCCCUGUCUGGUCGCUCCAACUCCAUCCAGCUGCAGCAUCGCCUCUCGCUUUUUAUCUAAAGAACCGGAACUUCCUAUUAACAACCAUGUUUGAAAUAAAGAAAAUCUGCUGCAUUGGUGCUGGUUAUGUAGGUGGGCCAACAUGUUCUGUCAUCGCACAUAUGUGCCCGAAAAUUAAGGUCACAGUUGUUGAUGUCAAUGAAGCUAGAAUCAAUGCCUGGAAUUCUGACACACUUCCAAUUUAUGAACCAGGGCUAAAAGAAGUGGUAGAAUCCUGCAGAGGAAAAAAUCUCUUCUUUUCUACCAGCAUUGAUGAUGCCAUUACAGAUGCUGAUCUCGUGUUUAUCUCUGUUAAUACCCCAACCAAAACCUAUGGCAUGGGAAAAGGCCGGGCAGCAGAUCUGAAAUACAUUGAGGCCUGUGCAAGACGGAUUGUGCAAAACUCAAAUGGAUAUAAAAUUGUGACUGAGAAAAGUACCGUCCCUGUCCGUGCCGCGGAGAGCAUUCGCCGUAUAUUUGAUGCCAACACAAAACCUAACUUAAAUUUGCAGGUUCUGUCUAACCCAGAAUUCCUAGCUGAAGGCACAGCAAUCAGAGACCUGAAGAAUCCAGACCGAGUGCUGAUUGGUGGAGAUGAGACCCCUGAGGGUCAGAAAGCUGUUCGUGCUCUGUGCGCCGUCUAUGAGCAGUGGGUACCCAAAGAGAAAAUCCUUACAACCAAUACCUGGUCAUCUGAACUUUCUAAACUGGCAGCUAAUGCUUUCCUCGCCCAGAGAAUCAGCAGCAUUAACUCCAUAAGCGCUCUUUGUGAGGCAACAGGUGCCGAUGUCGAAGAGGUUGCAAGAGCCAUUGGAAUGGACCAAAGAAUUGGAAAUAAAUUUCUGAAAGCCAGUGUUGGAUUUGGUGGGAGCUGUUUUCAGAAAGAUGUUCUCAAUUUGGUUUACCUCUGUGAGGCUCUGAAUUUGCCGGAGGUAGCUCGUUACUGGCAACAGGUGAUUGACAUGAAUGACUAUCAGAGAAGAAGAUUUGCUUCUCGGAUAAUUGAUAGCUUAUUUAACACUGUCACUGACAAGAAGAUUGCUAUUUUGGGAUUUGCAUUCAAAAAAGAUACAGGAGACACCAGAGAAUCCUCCAGCAUCUACAUCAGCAAGUAUUUAAUGGAUGAAGGAGCAAAGCUUCAUAUUUAUGACCCCAAAGUGCUGAAGGAACAAAUCAUUCUGGAUCUCUCUCACCCAGGUGUAUCAGAGGAUGAUCAAGUGUCUCGACUGGUCACCAUUAGCAAAGAUCCCUAUGAAGCAUGCGAUGGAGCACAUGCCCUUGUUAUCUGUACAGAGUGGGACAUGUUUAAGGAGCUGGAUUAUGAGCGAAUUCACAAAAAAAUGCUGAAGCCAGCUUUCAUCUUUGAUGGCAGGAGAGUCCUUGAUGACCUUCAUAAUGAACUACAGAUCAUUGGUUUCCAGAUUGAGACAAUUGGGAAGAAGAUAUCAGCAAAAAGGAUUCCAUUUGCUUCUUCAUCUGACAUACCGAAGUUUAGCUUGCAGGAUCCUCCUCUCAAGAAGCCAAGGGUAUAGGUUUUAAUUGGCACAGAAGAGUUAUGAUUCUUCCCGUGUGAGCUGUAAACCAGCAUGAGUUAAAACAAAAAGGGGGAAAAAUGGACAAUUUGACCCUAAGUUAAGCACUUGUCCUUUUUAUUUCAAUGAGACAGUUAAUCAUGUCCUUAAAAAUUGCCCAUUGAAAUUAAUGGGACUAGAAAAUGCUUAACUCUGGCUGAAUUGUGCUAAAUAUUUUCUGAUCAUGAAGACAAUUUUUCAAAAGUAGUAGCGUUCUAGCUGAGAGAUUUCAAUCCAGAAUCUGUUUUAUAAUCUCUAUUUUUAUAAUAUUGGAACUUUUUGUCAUUGAAGUGAAAAACUGUACAGUCAUAAAUGAUUUUAGUAAUUUUUUAUCAAAAAAUCCAUCAGCUUCAAACUUCAACGCUUCUACACUGAGGUUUACAAACUGCACUUUACAUUUUUAUGGCAUAUGUUAAAAUAAAAAAGAAACAGGUUUUUGAUACUGUAAUCUACACCAUACCAUGUAACUUCGUUCUUUUUAGAACUUUUGAAUGACUCUAGUCAAGUGGGGGGGUAGCUUGCUCAAGGACCACUUUUUACCAUAAUAUAUGAACCCCAGGGGUUAACAGAAUAUCUAUCAUUCAUGUGAAGCACCACCCUGUUCAGAGAUGCCCAACAUAUUUUUGGUACAUAGCUGUAGAGAUGGGCUGUUAGGAAAACAAUGGUGUCUGAGGAAAAUCACCCUUCCUAGUGGUACUAUUACAAUGAAAUCAAUAAUUGAUUUUUUAUCAUUCUUAGAUUCACUGCCUGGGACAAGCUACCUCAUUCCUGUACUACUUUCGGCAGCGGGUUCUUGUCAGUAGGACAUGCCCCUAAAAAAAGGUGCAGAACUUGUUGAAAAGACGUUACUAAGCGUUAUAUGAACGAUACGCACUAUCAUUUUACAAACAUGAAAGCCCCAUUAAUGGGAGGGUGGGCUGCAUGUAUGGUCCAUAUGUUAACCAUUUUGUCAUUUGCUGAUCUAUCUGGUUGAUUGAGCUUUCAUUACAGUGAGACUGUUAAAAACAACUUAUCUGCUCAUCUGAGGCUAGUAAAAAUCCUCUCAAGGCAAGCACAGAGAUAAGCCUUUAUAACCCACAGGAGUUCAUACUUUUUAUUCUUAGAUUGCACAAAUACAGGCUAGUAGCUUUUGCACCCUUCAUUGAAAGGUUGCGUUAGAAGACAAGAAAGUCUUCACUUCCCGUUGUAGUCAAAAGCUACUUCUGUGUGGUUUGAGUAAGUUAUGGUACCGCCCUUGAGUGAACUCAAGCUGAUCGGAGCGAGAUUCAGUGAGAGUACCCUUAAAUACCUUAUAGGAUGAACAGCUAUUCCUCACCGUAAGUUCAUGUUGGCUUCUUGUGCAACUUAGAAACCCAAUUCUGCAGGGUUUCAAAUCUCACGUAGGGAGCCUACAUGUGUACAACAGGCUGCCUAAAGAACUGCCGGGGUGAGACACUGGAAACAUGAAGGAGGUGAGGCCAGUGAGCCUAUCUCCCCUUUCCUACAAUCUGAGUUGCUUCAGGGGGAUGGCUCUGAAGUCCCCAUUGUAUCGUUUGCCAUUUUCACAAUAAGAUAUACACAGUGUGUCUCAUUCUUUAUAGGUCAGAUUUAAUUUCACUAGAACAGAAGUUCUUAAAGUGAGAGCACUUGAUCAGCUGCCUUUCUGUCAAAACUGCCUCAAAUCAGUGUCCAAAGCAUUAUCAGAACUUUUAAAGGAAAAGUGGUCCUAUUACAGGAGGGUGGGGUGGAAUUAAUGCACAUAAAUUUAUAAGCUAAAGUCAAAAUAUUCAUUCCAAAUAAAGGAAUGCCAUUUCAUUCAUGACUACCAUGAAACUCAGUGGUUUUCCACUGAGUUAGUGCACAAGAAUAUUGCAAGAGCAAAAAGUAACGGAUCAUUGUCAUAUAUUAAUCAGCUUACUACCUCACUGUGAUUACAAAAAUAAAUUUUGUAUACUCAUUGGUAACA